AUGGCCGGCGAGGCCGCGGAGGCCUUGGACGAGAGCUUCGCGGGGUCACCAGCCGUGGAUGAGGCCGUCGCGGUCGACAAGAAUCCAUCCAUGGCGGAGAAAGAAGGAGGAAUCGUCAAGAAAGGCCACGAGGAAGGCAUGAAGAUGGCGGUCUCGAUCCUCGCCGAGUUCGAGCUACCACUCGGCCUUCUCCCCCUUGCCGAAGUAGUUGAGGUCGGGUUUGUGCGCAGCACGGGGUACAUGUGGAUUGUGCAGAGGAAGAAAGUGGAGCACACGUUCAAGAUGGUGAGCAAGCUCGUGAGCUACGACUCCGAAAUCACCGGCUAUGUCGAGAAGAAGAGGAUCAAGAAGCUCAAGGGCGUCAAGGCCAAGGAGCUCAUGCUCUGGCCCCCUGUGAACGAGAUCACUGUCGAUGACCCGCCAACCGGGAAAGUCCACUUCAAGAGCCUGGCUGGGAUCACCAAGACCUUCCCAGUCGAGGCAUUUGCUGCCGGGCAGUGA